AUGCUCAGUCGCGUAUUCGACUCUGCAUAUCUCGACGAGGCGCACCCCAUCGUGAGGCUGAUAUUUGUGCGCGCUGCAGAGAUCAUGAAUCCCGCGAGUGCGGAGUUUUUCCGCAGGACACGCUCGGAGAUGUUACAACUUCCUUGGGAGGAGUUUUCACCUGAGGGUCCGAAACACCAUGGAGAUUGUGCAUAUCUCGAGCAGGGUUUCAAUAAGGGAGAAGCGUUACGCACGAAGAGUGGUGGAGAGUGGGUUAUUGGAGAUACGUUCUCGGAUGCGGACAUUAUCGGGGCAAGCCGACUGUUUUGGUACAAGCGCGUCUUGAAGGAGGAUGAGUGA